AUGUAUGGCGCUCAGGAGGCUGUGAAAGUUGUGCUCAGGGUCUCGAUGGUUGUGAACCUGUUGGAGCUCAGCCACGUUUGUCUGGAUGGCGAAUUAUGGACAGGAGAGCAUGUGCGCCACCUACAGGAGAGUCAAGAAGGGGGCGACAAUGGCAACCAUGACCAGCUUCUUCCAGUGGCCAUGCCCAGCUCAGGGAGCCCAGACUCAUCUCCCUGCCCAAGCUGGGAGCUGGAGCUGGACUCUGUCACAGUGGAGGCUCUAUUUGAUCCAUAAGAAGAGCCCUUCCAGGUCCCACCCAGAGUGGCGCUACAGGGGUCAGCUGGCAUAAGAAAGAUAACCCUGGCCAGAAAAAUGGUGGACUAGACCACUGGCACCCUGUUCCCAGGCUGGUUUGAUGAUGUCAUAUCCCUGCUGGCAGAGGGCAAACUGGACCAGCUCCUCCUCUGAUGUUGUAGGGACAAUGAAGCAGCUGUCACAGAGCUUCUGAGGCAGCUGGAAUGGCUCCAGUUCAUCCUAGAUGGCUAUGAUGAUCUGCAGGGGCCCUUGGCCGAGAGGUUGAAGAGGCUGAGGUCCAGUCUCAUGGAGGAUGUGCUGCACCCUUGAAUCAGGAGGACAGUACUGCCGAGGUCCUCCCUUCUCAUCACCACCCAGACCCUGGCUUCGUGGAAUCCAGAGCCCUUGCUGAGACAACCACACUCUGACCACAUCCUCAAAGCUUUCUCUGAGGACAAGAAGAGGAGUUAUUUAAGCUCAUAUUUCACAGAUGAGAAGCAAGUUAGAAAUGCCCUUGACAUUGUGCAAGCAAAUGAUGUUCUCUACAAAGCAUGUCAGGUUCUAGGAAUUUGCUGUUGUCUGCUUUUGGCUGAAGGACAGGUAGAGAGAGGCAGAGAGGUCUCAGAAGUGCCCAGCACAGUGCCCAGUCCGUACUGUGGUGUAAUGUGA